AUGGAGCGGGAGACGAUUUUGCAGGACGAAUUUGGGUGGGCAUGGACCUUCCGCGAGAUCCACCGUAUUGGUCAGUUGUUGAGCGAGUCGAAUAGUGUGGGGACGGCGGGAGCAGUGGCAUCGAACCUUGUGGGGCGGUCUCCAGUGGUGACAGAUAGCUUGGGGCGGAAGUGGUGGUUGACGUAUGAGAUUAUGAAGGAAGGCUAUUUAAAGGUCUCUCUGCACUUUGACACGGUGCCUUGUCAGUUCAAACUUGCCCUAGAUACAUUUGACGCGGCGGGCGUCCGAAGUCCCGUCUUGUCCGGAGGGACACCCACUCUCGUGAGCGUGACCAACGACAUGUUCGCCAACGCCACCUUGGGCUCCGGACUCGCGCUCGCCCGCGGCACCGAAGGCGGCCAGUGCUUCCUCAUGCUAGCAUACAAGCACAAUGCACUCGCCCGCGAAGACCACGACGACGAAGGCGAAGAACCCGAGAAUACGGCUGGCCUCAACAACUCCAAGACGAGACCGGAAUCAGGCCCUACGUCCACGGCAGGUCCUACGUCCACGGCAGGUCCUACGUCCACGGCAGACCCAACGGCCACAGCAGGUCCUACGUCCACGGCAGACUCAACGGCCACAGCAGACCCUACGUCCACGGCAGGCGGGCUAGACAGAUCCAAAAUGAACUCCAAAAUGAAGUCAGGGCUAGGAAGUGAUCGGGGCCCCGCCUUUGGGCUCGCGACGGUCCCAAAUGCAGUACCCGUCUCAGCACCCAGAGACUCUCUUCCCGAAAGGUCUUGGGAGCGGAGCAAAGGCCUGAAUCACGCGGACGAGUACUCCAUCCCUCCAGGAUGCAGCGUCCCCCAAGAUCCAAGGACCUCCGGCCCACCUGGUCAGAAGCAAUUUAGUCGGGGCCCAUUCCGUCAGCACCCACCCGGUAGGGGUGUAUCCGGUCCGGGUGUAUCCGAUCCUGGAGGUGUAAACAUAGAUGAAGCGGACGAGUACUCUAUCCCGCCUGGUUGCGGUGGAGGUCGGGUUGUUAAUCCUCGGAGCACAGGUCAUCCUACCCCCCCGGAUUUGGGAAGCGGUCCCGACCCAGCUCCCUUGACCGAACCGUUUCCGGACGAGUAUGCCGUACCACCAGGCUGUGCGCCUCCGGCCAAACCAUUUCCCAAUAAUCGAGAAAGAACUCCGGCUGGAGGCCUUGUGACGCCUGUUCCCUUCAAGGCGUCCACUUCCGGACCGCCGGCCCGGUCUACCCCCGACCCGGGAACAACCGCUUUCCCUGGAACCGGCACCUUCCCUGGUCCAGGAACUGCCGCCUUCCCUGGUCCCGGACCCGGAUUUUCGGGGGCCGGCUUUCCGGGAGAAAGUGCAGGCGAGAGGGGCAACGAGGAGAUGCUGCAGCCGCCUGGGAGUCCUAUGAAGAAGAAGCCGGAAGAAGAGUUCCGCGGCAUGUCGGUCAAGGAGCUACUCACUGACUCGCGUUGGGAGGCCAAGGUGCACGGGCUCAAAUACGUACGGGAACAGCACCCCUCUGAGGAAGAGGCGGUGGACGUGCUCGACUCUCUGAAAGACAAAAGCGUACCUGUGCAGAAAGAGUGCGUCGAAACAGUGGGAUACCUGUGCAGGCUCUUGGGAGGCAGCGUUGACUCACCAGAGAAUCAACCCCAAGUCGACCCGGCCAGUCACCAGCGCCUCAAUAGCCAGACGGGAGAGCCCAUAGCACGAGAGCGGUUUGUGAGCUUGCUGCUGACUUGGUGGCAGGAGACGGCGGUACCGCUGAUCCUGAAGGGUUUAUUGAAUCAGCCUAAGAACCGGAGCGCAUUCACGGACAACGUUGGGGACAUUUUGUGGCUACUCGGUGGCUCUGUCGCGCCUGCUGACUUGACGGGGCCGUUGCUGGACGGAGUUAAGGCUUACACGGAGACGAAGUCGGGCGAGGUGCAGGUUUCAACCAGGUCGUUCAAGGGCGUCGCGAUCAAGUCAACCACAUCGGUCUUCGUUGUAAUUGACAAGAUCAUCACGCUGUACGGACUGCGCAUGGUGUAUGUGGACAAGCUGCUGUGUUUGUGCGCCGCCUUUAUCGCAAAUACUGACCGGACACUCCGCGAAACACUUUAUCAACUUUGUGUACUCCUCUUCCGCAUUACUCAGAACGGCGAUCUCUUCGCCUCCCUGAUCAAGCAGAAACCGAUUCUGACGGAGGUCGAGUCCCGCUGUGCCCAAUACAAGGACCAACCACCGCUCAAACCGCAACGCAAACUCUUCGCGCCGCCUCCCCCCAAUAAUGCCGGUCAAACCGCCGCCGUAGACCGUGCCCCAGAAGAGGACGGGCCCAGCGACUUGGAGAACUACUUGCCCGCCGUGGACUUGCUGGGCAGCCACUUCAGCAGCGAGACCUUCGAGAAAAAGUACAAAGAACUAUCCUCCUGGAGCCUGCGCAAAGAGUAUUUGGAUAACUUUGUCAAGCCACUCGAAACAAAUAAGCGCAUCAAGACCGAUUCUCUGGUGCCCGCCAACUUGCGCGCCGUAGUCAACCUGCUCGUCUACAUCGUCGAUCAUGAGACCAAUAUUGCCGUACAAACCGUCGCCGUUCGCGCAGCCGCCGCAGUCGCGACAGGCUUGAAGGAACACCUGGGAGUCGAACUCAGUCGCGCCGUCGUCAAACAUCUCGUGGUCCGACUUCGUGAUAAAAGUAAACCGCUGCAGACCGCCAUUUUGGAGUGCUUGACCACGGUCUGUUCACACUGCUGCAGCCUCGACCUCCUAACCGAUGACGUUGCCACUGUCAUUGAUUCCGGCAAAAACCCCCAGCAGCGUCUGCUGCUGUUAGAAUGGCUCGGACACGUUAUUCCAAACACAUCUCAUGAAAUAAUGUCCAAAUGCCUCAAACGGAUUGUGGGCGCUGCAGUUGAAUGCAUUGCAGAUCAGCAAGUAGACAUACGCUCUGCAGCAGGAAUGGUCGUCAUCCAAUGUUCAGAUUUCAACGAAAGAAUCGUAAGCCUAGCCAUCGACCAAGUGAAAGACCCCAAGAAAAAGACCACGCUCAAGGAAGUACUCGCCAGGGCGGGAAAAAACCUGGCUAGUCCGGGUCGCAGAAGUCCAGGCCAUCACACCGCCGGCCUCUCAACUGCUGGCGCCUACCCUAGCUCCGGCAGCUUCACCCAGUCGCCUCUGGUCAAAAAACCAUCAGCGACCGCGGCUAAAGGGGCGUCCUUCAAAACCAGUUCCUACGACCAUGAGAAACCAGGGGCUGCAACGCACGCGGCUGCAACGCCAGGGAAUACUGGAGGGGGUGCUAACCAACCCGGCCAUCCCGCUGUCACCGGCCCAAAUCUCUCGGGGGAGAACCUGGUCGCCUUCAAGGAGCUGCUGGAAGCCACAGAAUUCAUUGAUGUUCAGGAUGUCAUGGACGAUGUAACAUCCGCCAGCUGGAAGACGAGACUUACCGGAUACGAGUUAAUUAAGGAUCAUUUUGUCAAUGUAAUCUUUUCCCUGUUCUUGCUGCCGUUCUCACUGCCCCGCUGCGCUGUCGCAUCCUAG